AUGCCAACCUCCGGUAACGCAGAGGACGCCUCGACCCGCCCCAAAGAUGAUGAAUAUGUUGCCCAACUCCUGGCCAAAGAUGCCCGGGAGUACUCUUUGCGAUAUUCUGCUUUGGGGGUAUAUGGAACUACUCCUAAGAGACCUACAGCUGGAGCGCCGAAGCCGAAUACCCGUUUCUUAAAACACAUUCUACGUGAAACGGAUACUCAUAACACAAAUUUGAAGCGAAAAGAAGAGGAAGAAGCUAGACAAAAGGCGAAACGACUACUUCGACAAAGAUUAACUUCUAGAGACGAGUCAGUGUGCGAGCGAGAUGAACGAGGAAGGGAAUCAAAAAGGCGACGAGUUGAAUCACCAAGGGAUGAAGAACGAGACAGGGAGAGAAGGCUUACAUAUCGUCACACAGAUAUAGGACAAGAGAGCGAUGAGAAAUCGUCGAGACGCAGGUUAGGUGAAUCUAGGAAGAGCAAAGACCGCGAACGGAAGUCUAGCGUCGAGCGCCGAAAAGACUCUCGUAGGCAUCGCCGUCAUGAAGACAAUGAUUACGAACGUCACAAGAGGGGUCAGAGCAGCAGAACGUCCCAUGAGCGUUCGUCUGAUAAAUACAAAUCCUACGACAGGGAAGGCAGACACAGGAGACCCCCUGAGCAUGAACAUCGACGCAACAGGGCCGAAGGCACUAUUACAACAGAUAUAAAGCGGCAUACUCAGAAAAGAAGUCCCUCGAUUCCAUCCUUGGAUUCAGACUUGGACGACGCUCGAAGUGCCAAAUCGUCGGACUCGGACCCGCUAAGUAACUUAAUCGGACCUCUGCCUCCUUCAGAGAACGAUCUGCAUACUCCACCAGCCCUUCCGCGUGGGCGUGGCGCUUUUAGAACAAAAUCAAGCACCAUUGACUCACAUUUUGAAAAAGGCUACGAUCCUGCCCUAGAUGUCCACUUGGACGAUGAAGACGAUCCACCGACAAAGAAAAGCAGUCGUCGGCCGAUUCCUGGCAUGGCUACGGAAGACGACGAUUGGGAUAUGGCCCUCGAGGCUCUCCGGGACCGCAAUGCUUGGAGGAAGAGGGGCGCGGAGCGACUGCGUGAAGCUGGUUUCGAAAAGAAUGUGGUUGAAAGAUGGGAAAAUAAUACCGCAUUUGCGGGCCUGAAUGAUAUGCCUGCGUCGGACUUUAAGUGGGCAAAGAGUGGCGAGGGCAGGGAAUGGGAUCGUGGGAAAGUCGUAGAUGAGAAUGGACAUGUGGAUAUCAAGCCUGCUUGGUGA